CCAGACCUAUAAUAUCCAGGCAGGCAGUAGCAGGCCUAUACCCUGGGCAAGCUUGCGCCUGCGUUCUUACCAUUACCGGGCAAAAACGGCAAAAGGAGUAGUAGUGCUACAAGUGGGAGAACGUCCUCUCCUGUUAUCCUGUAAACAGGACUAUACUACUUCACCACCGACACAAUUGUUUCAUCGUCGUCGUCCUCGUCGCCGUGGUAGUUACCGCUGUCGUGGUGCUUUCGACGCAUCCGCCUUCACGUUUACGUUCCACGUUCUCAUUUUCAUUCUCAUUCCCACUUAUAUAUGUCUAUAUAUUUAUAUAUAUCACGUUUCGCAUUUACGUAUAUAUAUAUAUGUAUAUAUAUAUCACGUAUAUAUCCGUUACUCGAGGACACCGAAACGUAAUCAAGUCAGUUGAUCGCCGGCCUUUCUCAUCAUCACGUCGCGGACACGUUUAUUGUUAUUGUUAUUGUUUGACUUGGUAAUUUUUUUUUUUAAUUAUUAUAACAAUUGUAAUAAUAAUUAAUAAUAAUUAUUAAAUUAAUUUUUAAAAAUAAUUUAAUUGCAAAGAAGAAAUGGUCGAUAUGAAGAAAUAUUGUCGGCAACAGAUUGUAUGGCGUUGAAUGACGGAUGUAAAAUGAAUAUUAUGAAGAAAGUCAAAUUUCAAAGUUAAGAAUAUGAGGAUUUUAUUGAAGCUGCAACAAAAGUGUCGAUAAAUUACUAGGGAAGAAAUAUAAAUAAUAUAGUAAAUUUAAAGAAGAAAGUGAAUAAUUUGCGAAGACGAACAAGAGAUUUUAUUAACAGAGAAAAGUAUUAAGGAAAUUGAUGAACGUUUGAUAUUGGAUGGAUUUAUUUUAUCAUGUUCAAGUUCAAAAAUACUCAGCCUAAUGUCGUUGAAAGUAAUCCAAUAUGGGAAGAAUUUGUCGCACGAAAGCAAACGCCGACGGCAACUGCGGGACCGGAACACGUUUGGCGGAUCUUUGACGCGUACAAAAAAACCGACGGACAAGAUGCAUCGGUGUUUGUAUUUGAAAAAAAAUCCGUCGAAAAAUUUCACAAACCGAAACACAAGGAGACAGUAACGGAAAUUUUGCGGAGAUGCGCGAGAAAUUUGGAAGAUUAUCGUCAUCCAAAAUUACUACAAGUAAUUCAUCCGGUAAAAGAAUGUGCAGAAACACUAGCAUUCGCAACAGAACCUGUCCUCGGAAGUUUAGCAAAUGUAUUGGCCUACAGGGAACAACAAGCUGCAACAUCAAUUCCAACCGCUGCUAAUCCAAACUCAAAUUAUGCGGCCGGCCAACAGAAUCCUCAUCAGCAGCCACCGGGACAUCGACCAAUUCUAAUUAAGAAAUACGACAUGGUUUCCAUGGAAAUUAAAUAUGGACUGUUACAGAUCACCGAGGCGCUUUCUUUUCUUCACUGCAAUUGCAAGGUCAUACAUAAGAACGUCUGCCCCAGUAGCAUUAUCAUAACGAAAAAAGGAACAUGGAAGUUAUUUGGCCUCGAAUUUAUCGAACGGACUAAUGACAAUGGCCUAGAUCCUAUUCCGUGUCACCCAUGGACCAAUAAAUUAUCUAAAAUAAUUCAACCAAACCUUGAUUAUAUUGCACCGGAAAUACAAUUAACAAAAUUAUGCAGUAUUCGCAGUGACAUGUUUAGUCUUGGAAUGGUUAUUGCUUCUAUUUACAAUGAUGGUAGACCACUUAUUCAAGCCAAUCACAGUAAUUCUGAUUAUAUUAAACAAUUAGAUAACCUGAAUGAACACGUGGAGAAUCUUCUUUCAAGAGUACCCAUUGCUCUUCAUGAAGCUGUGUCUCGAUUACUGCACAAAGAUCCUGAGGCAAGACCUAUAGCUAAACAUCUUUCGCUCAUAAAGUACUUCAGCGAUCCUUCAGUGCAUGCGUUACAAUUUCUUGACGUAAUAAACAUGAAAGACCCGAAUCAGAAGUCACAUUUCUAUAGAAAUACUCUCAAAGAGGUGCUUCCUUUUAUACCUCUGAAAUUGUGGUAUCAACAUAUCUGGCCUUAUCUUCAAGCGGAAUCUAAAUCACAAGAAGUAUUUGCAUCUGUACUACAACCUAUGCUAUACAUUAUUCAGCAAAGUAGUUCUGAGGAUUAUGAGAAGAUAAUUUUGCCAUCAUUUUGUGAGUUAUUUUCGAGCCCGAGGUCCGUUCAGGGGACUGUUGUGCUAUUGGAAAAUUUACAUGUUGUCUUUGAGAAAACCCCGAGCGAAGUAAUCAAGGGUGAAAUGCUUCCAGUACUUUAUUCAUCAUUUGAAAGCCCUAAUAUUCAAGUUCAAGCUGCGGCAUUCGUAGCAGUAUCAAAAGUAUGUGAAUAUAUAGAAGAAAACUCACUAAAAAAUAUCGUGUUACCAAAGUUAAUGCAGGCAUUCGAGGGUAGCACGACAGACUCUCGAGUUUUAAUGAAUUGUCUGUCAAGAAUUCUUGAGCAAUUGGAUACUCAGCAAAUAACAGACGAGAUAUUUCCUUUAUUGUGGGAGAUAAAACUCCAAGAGCCGGAUGCUGUUUUGCGGGUUGUAAACAUCUACAGGCUUUUGCUGAGCAACAAAAAAUACGGACUCUCGAUAAAUUUACUAGCGACAAAAGUGAUGCCCAUUCUCCUCCCAGUCACCGUUAAUCCGUCCCUCAAUAUAGAUCAAUUCACGGUGCUCAUGGAGAUUUUGCAAGAUAUGCUGACACGCAUCGAGAGAAACCAAGCGAGCAAAUUAAAAUUAUCAAUGUCCAGUCCCGAGCGUCAUCGACCACUCAGACAUCAAUUCAGUACUGAAAAUAUGCACGUGCCGCCAUUUAAUAUUCCCGGUUUGCGUAUUGAGCAGAGAAAGACGUCGUCUGCUGAAGACAUGGUUCGUAAAACUUCAAUCGGCUCAAUGUCGAUGACUGCGUCAGCUGAAAAUAUGACCAGGAAAAAUUCAAUAUCUGGUUUACUGGGUGGUUGGUGGUACGGUUCAUCAUCAUCAGCAAAUGAAGGUGGUUUCCUGCGGGUCGCCAGUGCCUUCCCAAGCCGGCGUUUAUCAGACAAUACCCUUAUGACACCAAAGAUACGAAUUGCGCCGUCAUGCUCAAGCUCACCUGGAGGUACUCCUGGUGGCGGGUUGCCUAUUAGACGUCAUUCCAGUACGGGACCACAAGAACGUCGUGGGUCAAACGUCAAUUUAUCACCUCCAACGGGUGGAAUGCCGACAACAAGUAGCAGCGUACCGUAUCUAUUGAGCUCGAGUAUGACAAGCAUUCGCAAUUCCCGUCGGCCAUCAGUGUCAUCAACAACAUCCCAACAAGGAUCAGGUCUACUGCAACAAUUUGGCACCGGCAUGGUAAGACAACUACCCCCCAUCUGCCUCAACCUGAAUGGGCUACCAACACCACCAUCACCACAACUACCACAACUACCAAUACCACCACUCUCUCCAUCAAUCCAGCCAUUGGGACAGCUUUCCCACUGACCCUUGGUUAAGAUUGCCAAUUGUUCUCUGGUCGUUCUUAAACAAGUGGCUCUGUGGAUAUUGCGGUGUUGGUUGGUUAUCAAGCGUGCAUACUCAUCAAUAUGUCAGUACACACCAACAUGCUAUUAUUAUCAUCACAACAGUAGUAAUAAUAAAAUUAAUAGUUGCAUUAUUAAUAAUCAUCUUAAUAUCAAGAAUAAACACCCGACACUCUGGCAUUACUGCAUUAAAUAAAUUGCAGAAUCAACGGGGUAAUUGGGAUCAUUAUUAUCCGGCGGAUGAUGACAUUACAUCAACGAACCAAGUAGCGAUUGUCGUUACUAUUGAUGGAUCAUCAGGUUCAUCAUCCACUGAACAAAUACGCCCGCAA